AUGGCAUCAUCACAGUCAUCGUCUCUAUUUGGAAAAGAUGUCGAAUCCGACGCUCCCUUUGACGGCCAUGUCAAGACGGAGCCAAUCGAAGAGCCACCAAAACCCGCAGGACCCCCUCCACCACCCAACGGAGGCACCAAAGCUUGGCUUCAGGUCCUUGGCGCCUUCUUCUUGAACUUCAACACUUGGGGCUUGCUGAAUACCUUCGGCACUUUCCAGUCGGAAUAUAGCACCGGCUUGCUUAGCAGCUCAUCGCAGUCUUCCAUCGCCUGGAUUGGAUCCCUACAGGCUUUUUUGAUGCUUGUGGUUGGAGUUCUGUGUGGACGUGCUCUUGAUGCUGGGUAUUUUUACGUUGAUAUUACCCUGGGUGUCUUCCUCGAAGUUUUUGGCAUGAUGAUGACCUCAAUCUGUAAGGAGUACUGGCAGGUGAUUCUCGCCCAGGGCUUGUGUGUCGGCGUUGGUGCUGGCAUGUCGUUCAUCCCCAGUGUUGCCAUUGUAGGCACUUACUUCUCAACUCGCCGAUCCACCGCACUGGGACUCGCAGCCACCGGCUCCAGCAUCGGAGGCAUCAUUUACCCCGUCGUUCUGCGUCGUCUCAUUGUCCAGAUAGGACUCCCCUGGGCCAUCCGAGUCAUGGCUUUCAUCAUGCUUGGAACACUUCUCAUCUCCGUCGCUGUCAUGAAGCCUCGCCUGCCGCCACGCAAGUCAGGCUCGCUGAUUAAUGUCGAGGCGCUCCGGGACCCCGUCUUCCUCCUCUGGAUCUUCGCUGCGUUCUUCAUUUUCAUCGGCCUAUACAUCCCAUUCUUCUAUGUCGAGCAAUACGGUAUCAGCCUCGGCAUGUCUCGUGACUUGUCUUUCUACAUGCUGAUUAUCAUGAACGCGGGCUCCGUCCCUGGACGUGUCUUGCCAUCCAUCAUCGCAGACAAGAUCGGUAACCUCUCAGUGAUGAUCCCGUCAGUCUUCCUCACUGGUAUCCUGAUGCUCGCUUGGAUCAGUGUGAACUCUCAACCUGGCUUGAUCGCCAUUUCGGUCUUUGUCGGCUUGACUAGUGGCUCCAUCCAGGCCGUGCUUCCUGCAACAGUCGCCUUCCUUUGCCCUGAUCUGUCCAAGCUGGGUACCAACAUUGGUAUGACUCUUUUCACCUCCGGUCUGGGUUUGUUGAUUGGUAGCCCUGUCGCUGGUGCGAUUUUGGAUCAUCAGCGGACCUCUGGUGGUGAUGUUUGGUGGGGUACUUUGACCUUCUCUGGUAUCUUCAUCUUGGCUGGAGGUGUCUGCUUGACCAUUGCUCGUGUGGUUAAGGUCGGAUUCUCUUUGAAGAAGGCUUGA